UCCCUUUGUGUCGCCUCUCGGAACUGAGUUUGGAAUGGCCUGGAGACAAAGGGGCCCCCGAGGGGUGCUCUGUGCAGCUCGGAGGUCUACGGAGGGCGGGCUGGCGAGAGCAGCACCCCGAUCUUAGCCCUUGCCCUGCCGCCCCCAAGACUGCCCGGGUCCUCACCAUACUGAGGAGUCUGCGGGCACCUCGGGAGCACGCCCGCAGUUUAGCGCAGCCUUCGGAUCCCCAUCCCGCCCUUCCCCCACAGCCCCGGAUUUAGGGCUUUCUGAAAAGCCCGGGCCGAGCGAGCAGUUGCCUAGGCGACGGGCUCCGGCGGUCCCGCCCCCUUCCGGCCUAGGUGCCGCCCCGGGGCGGAGUCUGGCCUGCGGUCGCCUAAUUUCGCGCCUUUGCAUUGCUGCCUUCCUCUCUAGAGUCCCGGGUCCUUAGUCUUGCUCUGCUGCCUGGGCCGUACUCCCGGGUCCUCCCGCCGCUGUGUCCUCGUGUGCCGAGCGCUGAUGACCGCUCUCCGCCUCGCCUGUUGGAAUGUCGCCGCGGCGCCAGGUAUAGCUGUGGACCGACUGUGUACGACCAUGCACACCUUGGCCAUGCUUGCUCAUACGUCAGAUUUGACAUUAUCCGAAGGAUCCUGACCAAGGUGUUUGGGUGCAAUGUGAUCAUGGGAAUGAGCAUCACUGAUGUGGAUGAUAAAAUAAUCAGGAGAGCUAACGAGAUGAAUGUUUCGCCCGCUUCUCUUGCCAGUCUCUUUGAAGAAGAAUUUAAACAAGACAUGGCAGCCCUGAAGGUUCUGCCGCCAACGGUGUACUUGAGAGUCACUGAGAACAUCCCUCAGAUCAUCGCUUUCAUUGAAGGCAUCAUCGCUCAUGGCCAUGCGUACUCAACAGCCUCAGGCAGCGUCUACUUCGAUCUGCGAGCACGAGGGGACAAGUACGGCAGGCUCAUCAACAUGGUUCCCAGCGCAGCCCCAGAGCCAGCAGUUGACUCCGACAAGCGGCACGCCAGCGACUUUGCCCUGUGGAAGGCAGCCAAACCUCAGGAGGUGUUCUGGACCUCGCCAUGGGGAGAUGGCCGGCCUGGUUGGCAUAUCGAGUGUUCCGCUAUGGCCAGCGAGGUGUUUGGGAGCCAACUGGACAUCCACACGGGCGGCAUAGACUUGGCUUUUCCACACCACGAGAACGAAAUAGCACAGAGUGAGGUCUUCCACCAGUGUCAGCAGUGGGGAAACUACUUCCUACAUUCUGGGCAUUUGCAUGUGAAAGGCAACGAAGAAAAAAUGUCCAAAUCCUUAAAAAACUACAUCACCAUUAAGGACUUCCUGCAGACCUUCUCCCCCGACGUCUUCCGGCUGUUCUGCAUGCGCACCAGCUAUAGGUCAGCCAUUGAAUACAGUGACAGUACCCUGCUGGAAGCCAAGCACACCCUGCUGGGGCUGACCUCUUUUAUAGAGGACGCACGAGCCUAUGUAAGAGGGCAGCUGACCUGUGGCCCUGUUGGUGAGGAUGUGCUAUGGGAGAGGCUGAGCAUCACCAAGAAGGCCGUGAAGGCUGCGCUAGCCAAUGACUUUGACACGCCGAGGGCAGUGAACGCCAUCCUGGACCUUGUGCACCAAGCCAACAGACAGCUUAGGGCAGUCUCGAAGGAAGCUGGCGGCCCAAGAAGUCCCACUGUGUUUGGUGCCAUCAUCUCCUAUGUUGAGCAGUUUUUCGAGACCGUUGGGAUUUCUCUGGCAAAUCGACAGUGUGUUUCAGGAGACAGUGGCACAGCAGCUCUGUACUGUGUGGUGGAUGAACUUGUGCGCUUCAGGCUGAAGGUCCGCCAGUACGCACUGGCCACACCCGGGGCGACUGGCGCGGCCCGGAGACAGCAGCUCCAGGAGAGGCAGCCCUUGUUAGAGGCAUGUGAUGCCCUGCGCCAGGACCUCGCCACCCACGGCAUCAAUAUUAAGGACAGAGGCAGCACAGCCUCCACCUGGGAACUGCUGGAUCCACGAGCGACACACCAGAAACCUGGAAGUUGAGGAUGCGGCAGCUGCAGUCCCACGUGCCGCCAUGCCAUGGUGUCUGCUCUUGUGAUGAAAACUUUAUAUUAAAGUUGCAAUUG